GCACCACUCACCGACAACCCGACGACAACAUUGGCUGCAAACCCACAAGCGCGACGACGACCAUCGUUCGGCAGGAGCGGCCAGACCCACGCAUACCCACAGCCCGCCCUCUGCCAGCAUGUCGAGCGCUGGGCACUUCCGGCGAGCCUUCUCGCACAGAGCGCGCGAGUACGGCUCGGUUUUCCGUCACCUCGUGCUGCCGACGAGCAAGCGCGUCGUGCAGUUCCUCUGUGCGGCGCACCUGUUCCGCGAGGUAGCGUACGACAUGGUACCGUGCAGCGGGUCGAGCAUGCUCCCGUCGCUCGCGAUCGACGGGGACGUGAUCAUCCACUCGCCCAUGGCGUACUGGCGCUCCUUGAUCCCUUGGGGCCCGCGGUUUGUCAUGCCGCAGCGCGGCGAGCUCGUCGUCGCCGUCAACCCCAACGAGUUCCGCGGAACGGUGUGCAAGCGUGUCGUCGGCCUGCCCGGCGACAUUGUCGAGUUUGACCCGCGCCGCGGCGGUGUGACCUGGUCAGCGGGCUCGCUCGUCCCCCAGCUCGAGGCCGAUAAGCGCAAAGAAAAAGACCUCACGUUUGUCAAGGUGCCAAAGGGCCAUGUGUGGCUCAGCGGCGACAACAUGUCCAACUCGACCGACUCGAGAGACUAUGGCCCCAUGCCAAUUGCCAUGAUCCGCGGGAAAGUCAUCAAGGUUAUCUCCGGUUUCGGUUUCAAGCAGCCCUUGGUGACAACGGUGACAGAGCUGGGGCCGUCAUCCGAGCCGCCGAGGGUGAGCAGCAGCAGCAGCAGCAGCACCAGCAGAAAUUCCUGCCCAGUGUGAUCGCGCAAGUCGCCGUCAUGGUCGUGCCUCGGAACGAGAAUUCCAAGGCGGCAGGCAGUCGUCGUCGUGGUGUAUGUCUCAGUCACCCGACAGACAGACCUCGCCUCCGCUUGCACCCCUUCUUCCUUGGAACCGCCUAGCGCACAGCUUGCGAUUACUGGAACCCUAUCCCGAUCACGUACAACGUCACCGCUCAAGCCACAGCGACGCCUUUGCCCUACCCAUAGCGCUGUUGGCAAGUCACUCGAUACCCAGCACUAUUAUUCCUCCUUGUACCAAGUAGUAGCAUGUAGACG